AUGGCUUCUUCAGAGGGUAAGAAGCAAAUCUUACUGAAUGCAUUUGACAUGUCAACCAUUGGCCAUCUUUCACCGGGCCAAUGGAAAAAUCCCGUCGACAAGUCGGCUACGAAGCGUAACCUUGACUAUUGGUUAGACUUAGCAAAAUUGCUAGACAGAGGUGGCUUCAACGCCUUGUUUCUCGCAGAUACCUAUGGAGGCUACGAUACCUACGAAGGGAGCCUCGACAACUGUAUCCGAAGAGCCGCACAAUGGCCCGUAACGGAUCCCACUAUCCCAAUUGCAGCAAUGGCUGCGGUGACGAAGAAUCUCAAUUUCGCCAUCACCUCAUCAACUUCGUUUGAGCCCCCUUUUCUAUUGGCAAAGCGCUUUUCCACGCUAGAUCACUUGACCGGUGGGCGAUUCGGUUGGAAUAUCGUGACUUCCUGGAAAAAGGCGGCCUUCAAAGCCAUCGGCCUCGAUACGCCUAUCGAUCACGAUGAGCGGUAUCUGCAGGCCGAUGAGUACUUGAAAGUACUCUACAAGCUCUGGGAAGGAUCUUGGGCAGACGAUGCGAUCUCUCCUGAUCCAGAAAACGAUAUCUACUUCGACCCGGACAAGAUUCGCACCAUCAAUCAUAAGGGGAAGUACUUCACGCUAAAUACAAAACACAUAGUCGACCCGUCACCGCAGAGAACUCCUCUGCUAUUCCAAGCCGGGACAUCGCCCGCCGGUUCCGAAUUUGCGGCGACUCACGCGGAAGCAAUUUUCGUGUCAUCUCACUCCCCGUCCGUCCUCAGGCCCAAGAUCGCCAAGAUCAGGGAGCUAGCUGCCUCGAAGGGUCGAGAUCCGCGCUCGCUCAAGUUCUUUGCGACUUACACGCCCAUCGUCGCGCCCACCGACGAGGAAGCGCACGCGAAAUACGACGAGCUUCUCAAGUACGGCUCUGUCAUCGGCGGCCUCGUCCUCGUUAGUGGCUGGACCGGAAUCGACCUGUCAAAGAUCCCUUUGGACCAAGAGAUCACCGCCGCAGACUCGCUGGAGGCGCAUAAGGUGCGCAGCAUUCUAGACGCGUUUACUACCACGAGCAGGGACAUCCCGAAGUGGACUCCGCGCGUGAUCGCCCAGAAGGCGUCGAUAGGGGGCCUUGGUCCCGUAGGUAUCGGGUCGCCUCAGACCGUAGCCGAUGACCUGGAGCGCUGGAUAGAAGAAGCGGAUUUGGAUGGUUUUAAUAUCGGCUAUGUUACUACUCCUGGGACGUUCGAGGACGUGGUCGAGCUGUUGAUCCCGGAGCUAAGACGCCGCGGGAUCUACCCAGAUCCCCCAGCGGAAGGAGAAUCGCUAACUGCUCGAGAGAGGAUCUACGGGAAGGGCCAGAAGGGGCUAAGGGAUGAUCAUAUCGGAUCUCAGUAUAAAUAUGAUAGAUACCAGGAGGAGCCGCCUUAUCAGGAGGCGGAACCCCCUAAAGAUGAAGGCAAAUAA